CCUAAUUCCACAUAAACUCCCUCCGCUUGCGGAAGAGCUGAAGUUUUACAAACCAGGGUUUAGAGCUUCAAUUUCACUUGUCGUUCAAAUCCAAUCCAAUGGCGUCGCCCAAUCAUCUCGACGAUGAGGAUGACUUUGGCGGGGAUUUCUCUGGAACUCGACGCUCAGGGACUAAGAGAAGCUUUGGAGAGCUUGAUGACGAAAAAGAGGACAUUUUUGGUUCCAAGAAGGGAAACAUAAAACUGGAUGAAACUGCACCUGGUGCUGCAACGGGGACAAUUUUGUCCCUUCGUGAGAGUCUUAAGAACUGUGAAGAAACCCUUGCAACUUGUCAGUCAGAACUUGAAGCUGCCAAGUCUGAAAUACAGAAGUGGCAUUCUUCCUUUCAGAAGGAACCUUUCAUAUCUCCUGGAACAACCCCUGAACCUGGAGUUGUGGUCAACUAUUUUCAAAAUUUAAGGUCAUCUGAGGAGUUGUUACAGGAACAGUUGGAAAAAGCAAAGAAAAAAGAAGCUGCAUUUUUAGUCAAUAUUGCAAAAAGAGAUCAAGAGAUAGCAGAGUUGAAGUCUUGUGUUCGUGAUCUCAGAGUUCAACUGAAACCACCGUCCAUGCAGGCAAGGAAAUUAUUGUUAGAUCCAGCUAUUCAUGAAGAGUUCACACGGUUAAAGAAUUUAGUAGAGGAGAAGGAUAAAAAGGUCAAAGAGUUACAGGACAAUAUUGCUGAAGUGAAUUUUACCCCGCAGAGCAAGAAUGGGAAGAUGUUAAUGGCUAAGUGUAAGACUCUACAGGAGGAAAAUGAGGAGAUUGGUAAACAAGCUAAUGAAGGAAAGAUGCAUGACAUGGCAAUGAAAUUGGCUUUGCAGAAAUCACAGAAUGCUGAGCUUAAAAAUCAUUUGGAGGGCUUGUGCAAACAAAUCGAGGGACUGACUAAUGAUGUUGAAAUUUCAAAUGAAAUGGUAUAUCUCUUGCAAGAGAAGCUGGAAGAGAGGGAUAUAGAUAUCAGACGGUUGAAGAAAGAGCUAGAGCAAAGAAAUAUCGAGGAAGAGCCACACAAUAAAACCAUCAUGGAGGAAGAUAAGCGAUCUUCUGAUGAUAAGUUUGCCACCAUUGAAGAAGUGUUAAGUUAACUACUGGCUGUUGUACUUGAGGUCACUCUUAGAUGUACUACAUAUGUAGUUUCUUUUAUUUUAUAGCUAGUACUCUCUCAGUCCCAAAUUGUAAGAUACAUUUACUAUUCACUUGCUCAACAUAAAUCACUUGUAAUCUUUUAUUUUAUUUAUCAAAAGUUUAUGAAAUUUGAAUUAUUUUUUGCAGGUUUUGUAACGG